AUGGCAUUCGGCCCCGUCGCGGGGCGAGGAGCCAAAGUUGGGAUGCAAGGGCAAGGCGCCGCAGGCGCCAACCCCACCCAUGAGGAGCUCGCGGAGCUUGACCUCGACCUGCACCUGGAGCUUGCGCUGCCGCCCGCCGCCGAGCCCGAGACGGCUGCGGGAGACGGCUCGGCGAGCACGCCGAGCUCACCGCCUUCUGACGGCGGCGCCUCCUUCCGGUCCAGCUCCGACUCCGCGUCGCCCAGGAACGCUGAAGAUCGCCGGGAAGACAGCCUGAGCGAGACGCGGCAGGCGCGGUUCCGCUGCUUGGCGCCGGCAGCCUCCGACCCGGCAGGAUGCUUGCGGUCGCAGGAGCGAGCGCCGCAUCCCUCAUCUCCGCUCCUCAUCGCCCGGCCCAGCGUGGCAGUUCGGAAGUACACGGAGCCGCUAGACAGGCGCCACAGCGUGUGUCGAGCUGCCUUGAUCAGGGCCAACGCCUGCCGCUUCGCGGACCGCUACGACAUCAGUGCUGAGCCCACGUUGGUCGGCCAGGGCACCUUCGGCAGAGUCUACGAAUGUGUGGACAAGCUGGCGGACAUCAAGCGCGCGGUGAAGCGCCUGCGGUUGCCCGCGGGGGCGCUGGAGCAGCGGCAGCUGGUGAACGAGGUGGACGCUUUGAUCGCCUUGGACCAUCCCGCCAUCGUCCGGCUCAUUGAGUACUUCGUGGCCGACGCCGAGGCGAGCCGAAGUUCGCCGAAGUUCGCAGCGGCCAAGAAGCGCUCGCAGCGGGGGAAGUUCUCCGAGGCCUUCGCGGUGCGGAUUCAAGACUCCUGGGCACCUUGGUUCUUGGUUCCACGGGAGAACUUCCGCUUCGAGACGUCUCGUGCCGAUGCCGCCCUGCGUAUGGUGGACUUCGGCCUGAGCGAGAUGAGUGCCGAGGAGUCCGCCGCGAAUGCGGAUGGGGCUGCGACCGCACAAGCCCAAGCCGGUGCAGAAGCGCGACAUUUGGAGUGCAUCUGGGCUGCAAGGAAGACCACGCUCACAACCAGCAGCAUCCUGCAGUGCAGACUUUGCUUCAGGUUCGCGGCUCUUUCCCACCACGAAGGUGCGUGCGCUCCACUUUGUAUCUCCGUGUUGCAUGCCGCCUUCGCCACGCGCCUGCACACGACCGCUUCGCCGCAUCUUGCUAUCGGCGAAGAGCUCUGGCUGGAGGUGCCUUCCGGUGGGCUGCCGGAGGCGACCAACCCGAGCUACGUCGACCUCCUCAGAGUGAAGAGCAGCGAAGAGCAGCGACGAGAUGCAGAGCAGACGGAGGGCAGAAGCGGCUUCCGCUGCGCCCUCGGCGCCCUCACAGGUGCCUUCCCGGCUAAGGGCGCUGAGCAGCGCGCUCGGGAUCUGUUGGCGAAGAUGUUGGAGCCCAGCACCGACCGCCGUAUCGCGGCGCAGGAGGCAAAGGGAAGUGUCACAGUGCAAGCUGGCUGA